UGUACCGUGGCGGCGGCGGGCUGUGGGCUCCGGGUCCGGGGGGCUUUGCGCUUCCCUCUCCGCGUCAUGGCAAAGGCCGCGGACGUGGUGCGGCUGCUCCUGGGCUCCACGGCGCUGUGCUUCUCCCUGCUCGGCGCCCGGACGGCCUCGGCGUCCAAGUCGGUGACGGCCCACUUGGCCGCGAAGUGGCCGGAGACCCCGCUGCUGCUGGAGGCCAGUGAAUUUAUGGCAGAAGAAAGUAAUGAAAAAUUUUGGCAGUUUCUGGAAACUGUACAAGAAUUAGCCAUUUAUAAGCAAACAGAAUCUGCUUAUUCUUAUUACAACUUAAUACUGAAGAAAGCUGGACAAUUCUUAGACAAUUUACAUAUCAAUCUCUUAAAGUUUGCUUUCUCUGUAAGGGCAUACUCACCAACUAUUCAGAUGUUUCAACAGAUUGCAGCUGAUGAGCCCCCGCCAGGUGGCUGUGAGGCAUUUGUGGUUAUCCAUAAAAAACACACCUGUAAAAUUAAUGAGAUUAAAAAGCUGCUGAAGAAGGCUACUUCGAGGCCCAGACCUUAUCUAUUUAAAGGAGACCAUACAUUUCCUACCAACAAAGAGAAUUUACCAGUGAUUAUACUCUAUGCUGAAAUGGGUACCAGAGCAUUUGGUAAAUUUCACACAAUGUUGUCUGAAAAGGCUAAAAAUGGGGAAAUUCUAUAUGUUCUCCGGCAUUAUAUUCAGAAACCGGUCCCACAGAAAAUGUACUUAUCUGGCUAUGGUGUGGAGCUAGCGAUUAAGAGUACAGAAUACAAAGCUUUGGAUGAUACCCAAGUUAAAACAGUGACUAAUGCUACUGUAGAGGAUGAGAUUGAAACAAGUGAAAUUCAAGGAUUUCUCUUCAGGAAACUAAAAGAAAGAUACUCAGAUCUUAGAGAUAAUCUGACAGCAUUCCAAAACUACCUGAUUGAGAGCAGCAAAGAGAUGAUGCCUUUGAAAGUCUGGGAGCUGCAAGAUCUUAGUUUUCAGGCAGCUUCUCAAAUAAAGUCUACUCCAGUUUAUGAUGCCAUAAAAUUAAUGAAAGACAUUUCACAGAACUUCCCCAUAAAAGCCAGGUCUCUGACCAGAAUUGCUGUAAAUCAACUUAUGAAGGAGGAAAUACAGGAAAAUCAAAAGGGUCUUCAUGAUAAAUUUGAAAUUCAGCCAGGUGAUGCUUAUCUGUUCAUAAAUGGACUUCGUGUGGACAUGAGCACUUAUGAUCCUUUUAGUAUUUUGGAUAUGCUGAAACUCGAAGGAAAAAUGAUGAAUGGCCUUCACAAUCUUGGGAUCAACAAAGAAGAUAUGAGCAAAUUUUUAAAAUUAAACUCCCAUGUUUGGGACCAUACCUAUGCAUUAGAUAUUAGGGAUCCUGCUAUAAUGUGGAUCAAUGACCUAGAAACUGAUGAUCUGUACGUUACAUGGCCUACAAGUUGCCAGGAGCUUCUAAAGCCAGUGUUCCCUGGAACUGUCCCUUCCAUAAGGCGUAAUUUUCAUAAUUUGGUUCUGUUUAUUGAUCCUGCUCAAGAAUAUACCAUGGAUUUUAUAGAACUUGCUGAACUUUUCUAUUAUCACGAAAUUCCUCUUAGAAUUGGCUUUGUGUUCGUUGUCAACACAGACGAUGAAGUUGAUGGAGCAGACGAUGUCGGUGUCGCGCUUUGGCGAGCUUUCAACUAUAUUGCAGAAGAACAGGACGUGUCAGAAGCAUUUAUUUCCGUGGUCCAUAUGUAUCAAAAAGUGAAGGAUAACAAAAUACUCACUGUGGACAAUGUGAAGAGUGUUCUCCUAAAUGAUUUUUCAGAUGCUAAUAUUUGGGAUAUUUUGGGAAUUCAUUCCAAAUAUGAUAGUGACAGAAAGGUAGGAGCAAGCUUUUAUAGGAUGACUGGCCUGGGUCCUUUGCCUCAAGCUCUUUAUAAUGGAGAACCCUUUCAGCUUGAAGAGCUCGGUAUUAAAGAACUGGAGAUGGCUGUUCUCCAGAAAAUGACGGAUGCGGCCGCACAUUUACAGACAGAGGUUUUUAUGGGCACAUUAAAUGAUCGAACAAGUGCAAUUGAUUUCCUUAUGGAUAAGAAUAAUGUUGUACCCCGUAUAAAUCCUUUGAUUUUGCACAAUCAAUGGCAGUACCUUAAUCUAAUAUCCACAUCAGUAACUGCUGAUGUUGAAGAUUUCUCUACGUUCUCUUUCUUGGAUUCGCAAGAUAAGAGUGCUGUAAUAGCAAAGAACAUGUAUUAUUUAACCCAAGAAGAUGAUGAUGUAAUUUCUUCAGUUACUCUCUGGAUUAUUGCUGACUUUGACAAACCAUCUGGGCGAAAACUACUUUCUAAUGCAUUAAAGCACAUGAAAACAAGUGCUCAUAGUCGGUUGGGAGUUAUUUAUAAUCCUACAUCGAAAGUAAAUGAAGAGAACACCGCUAUUUCUAGAGGAAUUUUGGCAGCUUUUCUUAUACAGAAGAACCGCUUUUUGAGAAACUUUCUGAGGAACGUGGCAAAGGAAGAAACUGCCACAGCUAUUUACUCUGGAGAAAAAAUCCGAACAUUCCUUCCUGAGGGGAUGGAUAAGAACGCUUUUGAAAAAAUAUAUAAUACCAUUGGAGUGAAUAUUUUCCAGACUCAUCAGCUGUUCUGUCAAGAUGUACUUAAAAUUCGUCCUGGAGAAAUAGGUAUUGUCAGCAAUGGGAAAUUCUUAGGACCUUUAGAUGAAAAUUUCUAUGCAGAAGAUUUUUACUUCUUGGAAAAGAUAACAUUUACUAAUUUAGUAGAGAAAAUUAAAGGCAUUGUUGAAAAUAUGAAAAUCAGCUCAAAGAACAUGAGUGACCUUGUUAUGAAAGUUGAUGCCCUCAUUUCCUCUCUGCCACAACGUGAAUCUCCGUAUGACAUCACAUUCCUUAGAGAGGAUCACAGCAUUAUAAAGAUAAAUCCUCAAGAGGAUGAUCUGUUCUUCGAUGUCAUUGCUAUCGUUGAUCCGUUGACAAGAGAGGCGCAGAAGAUGGCCCAGUUGUUGAUUGUGCUUGGCAAGAUUAUCAACAUGAAGAUAAAGUUGUUCAUGAACUGCAGGGGUAAGCUUUCAGAAGCCCCUUUAACAAGCUUUUAUCGUUUUGUUCUGGAGCCAGAACUGAUGUUAGGUGGUAAUGACAUUACUGGACCGGUGGCAAAAUUCUUGGAUAUCCCUGAAGCGCCCCUGCUGACCCUCAACAUGAUCACUCCUGAAGGCUGGUUGGUUGAAACAGUACGCAGCAACUGUGACCUUGACAAUAUUCACCUCAAGGAUGUUGAGAGGACCGUCACCGCAGAGUAUGAGCUAGAAUAUCUACUACUGGAGGGACACUGCUUUGACACAAUGACAGAACAGCCUCCGCGGGGUCUGCAGUUUACACUGGGCACGAAAAGUGACCCUGCUGUGGUUGAUACAAUAGUGAUGGCUAAUCUCGGAUAUUUUCAAUUAAAAGCAAACCCAGGUGCUUGGAUACUGAAAUUACGCCAAGGAAAAUCUGAAGAUAUUUAUGAAAUAGUUGGGCAUGAAGGAACAGACUCUGAACCAGACCUGGAAGACGUCAUUGUCGUGAUAAACAGCUUCAAGAGCAAAAUACUGGAAGUGCAAGUGCAAAAAAAGCCAGACAAAAUUAAGGAAGAUCUCCUUACCGAUAAAGAUGAAAAGAAAAAAGGAGUGUGGGAUUCCAUUAAAAGUUUCACAAGAAGUUUGCAUGAAGACAAAAAGGAAGCAGACAUUCUAAACAUUUUUUCAGUUGCUUCAGGCCAUUUAUAUGAACGCUUUUUAAGAAUUAUGAUGCUUUCUGUUUUACGUAACACCAAAACACCUGUGAAAUUCUGGUUCCUAAAAAAUUAUCUCUCACCUACAUUUAAAGAGGUGAUCCCUCACAUGGCCAAGGCGUACGGGUUCCAGUACGAACUCGUGCAGUACAGGUGGCCCCGCUGGCUGCGGCAGCAGACUGAAAAACAGAGGAUCAUCUGGGGCUACAAAAUCCUUUUCCUCGAUGUCCUCUUUCCGCUAGCGCUGGACAAAAUCAUUUUUGUUGAUGCUGACCAGAUUGUAAGACAUGACCUAAAAGAACUCCGAGAUUUCGAUCUGGAUGGAGCGCCUUACGGGUAUACCCCAUUUUGUGACAGCCGCACUGAUAUGGAGGGGUAUCGUUUCUGGAAAAAGGGGUACUGGGCAUCACAUCUUUCAAAAAGGAAAUACCACAUCAGUGCCUUGUAUGUGGUGGAUCUCAAGAAGUUCCGGAAAAUUGCAGCCGGUGACCGGCUCCGGGGCCAGUACCAAGCUCUCAGUCAAGAUCCAAACAGUCUUUCAAACCUGGAUCAGGAUCUUCCCAAUAAUAUGAUUUACCAGGUGGCCAUUAAGUCUCUUCCUCAAGACUGGCUGUGGUGUGAAACGUGGUGUGACGACGAAUCCAAACAGAGAGCCAGAACCAUCGACCUGUGCAAUAAUCCCAGAACAAAAGAGCCCAAGCUAAAAGCUGCCGCCAGGAUUGUCCCAGAAUGGGUGGAGUAUGACACUGAGAUACGACGACUCUUAGAUCACCUUGAAAACCAGAAGAAAAAGUCAGUUUUGACACACGAUGAACUCUAGCACUGGCUUAUAGAAGAGGAGGGAAGUGUUGCAAGAAAUCUGCCACCUGCUGGGGAAGUGUGGAACUACUGCUAAGACUUGUGGACAUUUCGUUAAAGAUCAGUGACCUAUUCUUCAAUUUAAAUAUUAUUAUUUAAAAAUACAUGCACUUAAUGUAUUAAAUAAGUUAUAUAAAAAGUGACCAUUGACUAUUUAAAACUCGAUUAUUUCUUUUUCUUUAUUGCUUAAGACUCUGGGUUUCACCCCUUAGGAGGAUGGUUUGCCAGCGAGCCCAGUAAACGUGCCCGGCCAGCGGGUCCUCGUGGGGACCUGUCGGACCGUGCGUCUGCGUGCUCCGCCCCGUGUGCAUCCGCAUGCGCCUGCUCUCAAAGUGCAUUUAAAAUGAGAGAGACCUGUUUUGUGUUUUUCUUCUAAGAAAAAGGACUUGUGGUUACCUCUGAUAAUAAAACAUUAAGCCCAUUUGUAACUUAUUUUAAAAUGAGAAUUGUAUGGUAAUCAUUUAUCUUAAACUAAAUGAUGUUUUAAUUCUAUGCUGUAUAUGUAUUUUCUUAAUGUUUCUAAUUUUUAUUUCACAAAAUUAUAUUCAUGGGCUUAUUGAGAUAUGUAUGUAUUCUUCCAAAAUAAGUAUAAAAAAGUAGAAAAGUAGUCACUUGAGUGGAAACUAAGAAUAUGAAGUUUGUUUUCCUGCUGUGUAUUAAUAAUAGAUGAAUAGGAGUAGUAAAUGUUCAAAAACUA